GGUUGUGCGGGAUCGUUCUUUACAGCGCGUGCUCUGCGGGCUGCGCUCGCGGAUGAUCCGCUCUCAGACGCGUGCAGACUGUCAGCAGAAGCCCGCCGUGCUUGCCUCCCCGGCGGCUCUCUGACCCGCCCCGGACCCCCUCCCUCCCGCUCCUCCGGACUCCCAGCGGGACAUGUGUGAGUGAGCAGCCCGGAGCAGUGACCCGCAGCCCGGCCGCCGCCGCCGCCGCCGCUCCGCCGCCGCCAUGGAGCGGAUCGGGGUCUCCUUCCUGGACCCGCUGGACGACUACGAGCUGAUCCACAGGAUCGGCUGCGGCACCUACGGAGACGUCUUCAAGGCUCGAAACAUCUCCACUUCUGAACUGGCAGCCAUCAAGAUCGUCAAGCUGGACCCUGGCGAUGACAUUACGUCCAUCCAGCAGGAGAUCACCAUGAUGAAGGAGUGUAAACAUAAGAACAUCGUGGCGUACUUCGGCAGCUACCACAGGAACACCAAGUUGUGGAUCUGCAUGGAGUAUUGUGGAGGAGGUUCUCUGCAGGACAUCUACCACGUGACGGGUCCUCUGAAGGAGAAGCAGAUCGCCUUCGUGUGCCGGGAGACUCUCCAGGGUUUGUAUCACCUGCACGAAACCGGCAAGAUGCACCGAGACAUCAAGGGAGCAAACAUCCUCCUGACAGAGCGAGGAGAUGUGAAACUGGCUGACUUUGGAGUGGCAGCAGAGAUCAGCGCCUCGGUGGCGAAGAGGAAGUCGUUCAUCGGGACGCCGUACUGGAUGGCUCCAGAGGUGGCGGCGGUGGAGAAGAAGGGCGGCUACAACCACCUGUGCGACAUCUGGGCGGUGGGCAUCACGGCCAUCGAGCUGGCCGAGCUGCAGCCGCCCAUGUUCGACCUCCACCCGAUGAGGGCGCUGAUGCUGAUGUCCAAGAGCAGCUUCCAGCCGCCCAGACUGAAGGACAAGGCCAAGUGGUCCGCCGGGUUCCACAGCUUCGUGAAGAUGGCGCUCAUUAAAAGCACCAGGAAGAGGCCGUCGGCCGAGACGCUGCUGCAGCAUCCCUUCGUCACCCAGCUGCUGACCCGGAACCUGGUCAUCGAGCUGCUGGACCUGGCCAGCAACCCCGAGCUGCACGGCUGCAGCACCAACAGCCUGGACGACGGCGAGCUGGAGGUCGGGGACGAAACUCCAGACAAGAUCCAGUCAGCAGGGAAACAUCUGCCCGUGGAGAGAACGCUGUCUGAAGAACAAUUCGACCAGGUGAAGUUCGGCCCCCCGCGGAGGAAGGUCACGGAGCCCUACCCGGACCUGCAGGGAUCGUAUGACGACGACUGGAGCCUCUCUGGAGACGAAGACAACUCGCCGAGCCUGCUGGAGUGUGUGGAGCAAGCUCUGCAGCUGAGGAGUCUGACCAUCAAGAGGGCGCCAUCUGCUGAGGGCGGCCGGCGGAGCGGCCUGUUCAGUCCCGCCACGGCGUCUCUUCCCGCCUUCAGCUGUCUGAACACCAGCUCCGAGGACAAGGAGCCCACGCUGAGACCGAGCUGCACGCUGGGCCCGGACGCCGCCGCCGCCGCCACGGCCGAUUCCUCCUCCAGCGCAGCGCUGGCCCGGUGCUCGGCCACGCAGGACAUCAGGCAGCGCUGCAGCGGGGACGCCGUCACGGCGGACAGACGCUCGCUCGGCGGUUUUCCGUCCCUGAAGAAAGAGCCGCCGCUGUCUCCUGAGUGGAGCACGCUGCGGAGGAAGACGGAGGACUCUCGGGCUGAUUGUCAUGGACUUCCUCCCACCCCCCAAGUCCAUAUGGGAGCCUGCUUCUCCAAGGUCUUCAACGGCUGUCCUCUGCAGAUCCACUGCGCCGUCACAUGGAUCUUACCCCAAACGCGAGAUCAGUACCUCCUUCUGGGGGCGGAGGAGGGAAUCUACACCCUGAACCUGAAUGAGCUGCAUGAGGACACGCUGGAGAAGCUGCUGCCUCAGAGGUGUGUGUGGCUCUACGUGAUGAACAACGUGCUCAUGUCGGUCUCAGGGAAGUCCUCGCAGCUCUACUCCCACAGUCUGACGGCUCUGUUCGAGCAGCGAGGCCAUCUGCAGAAGAAGCAGGGCAGCCUGGCGCUCAGCACCAGCCGCCUCACCGAGAGGAUCAGCCACAGCAGAAAGUUUGCCAUAUCUGUGAAGAUCCCGGACACUAAAGGCUGCCGGAGGUGCAGCGUCGCCAGGAACCCGUACACCGACAGCACCUUCCUGUGUGGAGCCGUCCCCUCGGGCCUCGUCCUGCUGCUGUGGUAUGAACCUCUGCAGAAGUUCAUGCAUCUGAAGCACAUAGCGGUCCGCCUCCCGGACUCCCUGCCCAUCUUCGAGCUGCUGGUGUCGGCGUCGGACGAGGUUCCUCAGCUGUGCGUGGGCGUGCGGAGCUGCAGCUCCAGGAGGCCUGCCGCCAGCCAGCAGCUGCAGUUCGACCUGGUGGAGCUCAGCGGGGCGCCCGCCGCCGCUCCGGACGGCGGCGCUCUCACGGCCGUGCAGGUGACCCAGCUGGACCGCGACACGGUUCUGAUCGCGCUGGAGAAGACGGUGAAGGUGGUGAACAUGAGGGGCCUGCCGUCCACGGAGCUGGCUCCGGAGAUGCUCUUCGACUUCAGCAUUGAAACACUAGUGUGCUUACAGGACAGUGUCCUGGCUUUCUGGAAGCACGGCCUCAAAGGGAGGAGCCUUUAUGGAGACGAGGUCACACAGGAGAUCACAGACGAGACCCGGGUCUUCAGGGUUCUGGGCACCAACAGAGACAUCAUCCUCCAGAGCACUCCCACCGGCCAGCCCUCCGCCCUGAGCAACCUCUACAUCCUGACGGGGCACGAGAGCAGCUACUGACAGGGGGCGGGGCCAGGAGAAAGCAGCGCUGCCGUCCCUGCGGUGGGCCUCCAGCUGCCUCACUCGUCCAUGUUGUUGUAGCGCCAGCGGCACUCGGCCGAGGAUCAGGAGCUGGAGCGCUCCACUAACACCCAGCCGCCGCCACGCUGGGAGGAGCAGCUGAGCGGCCUCAGCGGAUUCACUUCCUGCUGCUUUCCAUCGACUCGGAUCUUAGAACUAGAUGGUUUUAAUGCAGAUGUGGAGUUUAGGAAGUUAACAUUCAUUCAUUCACUCAUCAAUGUGAAUAUAUACGGUCAUUUCUUGUUUACUUGCUUCUUUAAAAGAUGAAAAAAAUGGACAUGAGAGAUUGUAUUAUAUAUAAGAAUGCUAUUUAUUCAUUUUUUAACUGUCCAUCCGUCUUCAGUGAGUUUUAGCAGGCCGUAUUCUCACCUUCAGGACAUUUAGAGUCAACGCUCUGCAUGAUUUUGGAUUGUGAGAGGAACCGGAAGACCUGGAGAAAAACUAAACCAAGCGCAGGUAGAACAUGCAAACCCCGCAUGAAAGAGGCCACUAACCACUACACCAGCAUCAGCAGUUUCUCUUCAAAAUUAAUUUAUCACAGGGAUUUAAAAAAAAAAAAAAUGACGGCGAACGUUCAUCGGUGCUCCUGGGAAGAAGGCUCCUGUCGGUUCCUGUCGGUUCCUCCCGGUUCCUCACCUGUCCAUGCAGCAGAGCAUCCAGGUGCUAAGAAGCUAAGCUAACAUUAGCAGCUAUGACAAGAGGAAAGUUUUCCUUAAAAAAAUAAAAAGCUGCAGGAUGGAAGUGUUAAGGCUGUCCCCUCAAUGCUAACAUGUGGCUAACGCUAACGUUCUACCUGCUGUUCCCUCUUGUGUGAAAUCCUGAGACGCCUUUAAUUACAAAUAAAUAUGGUUCGUGUUUUUCAGUGAGUUCCUUUUUCUACUAAUAUUCAGAAAACAAGACAAUCCUGUCUUUACUAGUUUAAACACAAACUGGAACGCUGCAGUGUUUCAGUUCGUUUUCCAGAGGAAGUGACGGAAUUCUGAGAUCCGAGAAAUGAAAAGCAGCAGAGCGUCUGAAUCCCGCUUCAGUCCUCCGGCGCGUUUCACCCGGACAGAAACACCAGAACCGGCAGAGCCGCUCCAGAUGUUACCGUACAGCUCUCUCCUCGAACGCAGCGACGGUGUUUAACAGGCGUUCGGCGAUGUUUCAGUGGCAGCUUCAGCCUCAUUUUCAGUAGGGAGUUCGCAGCUGUUCUACAGUUGUGAGGAGCAGAACAUGAUGGGAGUCCCCAGGCGUUCACCAUGUGAGAUUAAGAAGGUCUGGACUCACUGAAACAGCUCGUGGGAUCUCUGGGUUUUCAGUCACAUGACCGCACCGACAGUUAUAACUGUACCGAUUUACACCGAGGAAAGAGGAAGAUCUGGAGUUUUCUGCUUUAAACUUACCGAACUGAAACAAAUCUGAGUUCUGAGUCGUGUUGUAAUAAAAGAAUGAAGUGUUUACAGGAUAUUUUAGUAGAAGAGGACAAAAUAAACAGGGUUCUUUGUUCUUAGAAAGCAGCACUAACGUGUAAGAAAAUGCUCUGAAGAGGUUUUUAAUUCCAGAUGUGAGUCUGUAUCAUCUGGAUUUGCUGUGUCUGAGUGAACUGUGCACCCCACUACAUCCCACUGCCGCGAUAUUUAUGUUAUUUAUAGAGAGCAGAGCCCCGUCGUUCUUUCACAGACACUUGAAAGACACGAUAUGCAUCUGAACAUUUGGGUUUUUAAGAGUUUUUAUUGUGUUUUGUACAUAAUAACACAGUAUGGAGGGAAAUAAAAGCUUUUAAUACG